CAAAUACUAGCAUUCCCUGUCACACACUUUAUGGCCAUUUCUUACAUGGCUUAAUGGAGUCGCAAGCCUUUUUCGUGGUGAAAUCAAUUGGAUUACUGGUUACCAAGGAAUGACAACGCACAUGAGUGAGGUGAAAUGGAGUUUUGAGUGACCUUGACCCCAGUUGACCCUUAUGUCACACAUUCUCGUUCUCGACGCACAUUUCUGUGAUAGUGACCGUGUUCAAAUACAGCAGGCCGUAAAACAAAGAACAUGUAGCUUUCUGUGUUGUUCGAAAGGUUCGCGUACAAUGGACAUGUUCUCAAUGAUCAAGCACUCCAUUAUCGCAGAUGAGGUGAACCCAAUCACCAAAUACUUCGACAUUCGGCAGCAUGUGGCCAGCUGUGGACCGGAGAUGGUCUGGAAGAUUUUUGAUGCUGUCAGGCUGGACGACAAUAAGGAGGUUUCUGUGUUCUUCUUUGAGAGAAAGAUAGCAGAUAAAAUACAUAAGCCUCGGCGUCGUGAGAUUGUGUCGGAGAUUAUGAGACGCGAGGUCCAGCACUUAUUGGAGCUGAAACAUCCCAGAAUACUCAACAUUAUCCAUCCUUUGGAAGAAUGCCACAACAGCCUUGCAUUUGCAACAGAGCCAGUGGUUGCCAGCUUAGCCAAUUACCUUGGCAACUAUGAGCGGAUGCCCAUCCCAGUACCAGCACAUAUACGGGAUCGCGAGUUUCUAGAACUGGAGAUCAAAUAUGGUAUUUUACAGAUCACUGAGGCCCUGGCGUACCUGCACCUUUCUGAGGGUCUUGUGCACCGAAACGUGUGUCCCCAGACCGUCCUCAUCACCAAAACUGGCAAUUGGAAACUUGCUGGCCUUGGCUUUGCUGAGAAGGUUUCUGAUGGAAAGGAUAAAUUUCCAUGUCAACCAUGGAGCACAAAGAACUCCAAACUUGCUCAACCAAACCUGAACUUCAUUGCUCCAGAGGUUCAGAUAGAGAAGAAUUUCAGCACAAUCAGUGAUAUCUUCUCUCUUGGCAUGACUGUGUGCUGUAUCUACAACAAAGGCCAGCCUCUCAUCAAUGCCGAACACAACCCACAGCUGUACUUGAAACACGUAGACCAGUUGACCCAACAAUUUGGAGAUGUAGCGCACCGGAUGCCCCUCCCACUGGUGGAGCCCGUGGAGAAAAUGAUCAACAAGGACACCCGCUACCGCCCCACCGCACAACUCUUCUCACUGUUGAAAUACUUCCAUGACCCUGUGGUUUCAUGUCUUCAGCGCCUAGAUAACCUAGACCUUUUAGAUACACAGCAGCAGCGAGCUGAGGUGUACACUAAUCUCAUACAGGUCAUCCCAGACAUACACAAGAAAGUGCUGUAUGGGAAUGUAUUACCCAACCUGGUGGAAUGGUGCCUGGCUAUAGACACCAUGUUCCUGGCCCUGCCUGCCAUGUUGGCCCUCAUUGACCAUGUUUCCCCUCACGAUUACAAGACUGUGAUACUUCCAGAAUUCCGAACUAUACUCAACUCUCCAAGACCAAUGCAGGCGACGGUGUACAUUCUGGACAAGCUUGAUGUGAUUCUGGCCAAGUCCUCCCUAGAGGAGAUCAAAACAGAGAUUAUCCCCCUUGUUUUCAACACCCUCGACUCCAACUCCAUACAGGCUCAGGAAGCAGCCCUAGGUUGCAUUUGUCUAUUGAAGGAGUAUCUGGAUGACAACAUAAUGAAAACUAUGGUGCUUCCCCGUGCAAAGUCCCUCUACAAUAAGUCAGACAACAUCAAGAUGCGGAUCAAUGCGUUGACAUGUAUUGACACGGUGUUGGACAGCCUGGACAAGAUGAUUAUCCUGGACGAUGUGCUGCCUUUCCUCAUGGACAUCACCCUUGGACAGGAAGCCAAGAUUGUGAUGGCCAUUGUCGGUAUCUACAAACAUCUGUUGAGUGACAAGAAGUUUGGUCUGACUCACAAUCUGAUAGCGACGCGGGUGAUGCCCCCGCUUAUUCCCCAGACUGUCAACCCCGGACUCUCCAUGGAACAGUUCAGUGCCUUAAUGGAGGUGUUACGGGACAUGCUGGAACAUAUUGACCGGAAGAGGAGGGACAAGAUGAAGCAGGAGACGGCUUCCGUUCCCAUACCACAGAGGGGCCUUAUAAACAUGGCUGAGAGCCAGGGGAAGGACAGCAUGCGUAACUUUCUCUCCAUAGAUGAAGCCAUGCACCUGCAGAAGAGUAGAACUGUGGUUACAAAGGUGUUAAACAUUCACUCAGAGUAUUCAUUUUCCUCCCUGCCUGUGUUGGAGGUCACCAAGACUAGCAACUCUGUAGAUCCCCAGCCUGUCAGAAUCAGGAAAGUUCCGGCCACGCCAGAGUCACAGCCGCGAAAUGUGAAGAAUACCAUCAAGGUGAAAACAAUCUCCCAGAACCCGUCAGGGGGUUCUCUGGAUGAGCAGUGUUUGAGCCCUCCGCAGCCAUCUGAUUUGCCCCGCCGGCACAGCCUCGCCCCUCCCCAGUCAUCCACCACCCCACCAAUCAUCCUCACAAACGAGGAUGGUACGGAGAAAAAACGAAGGCCAAGUGCUCAGAGUCUUGGACCAUUUUCCUUCUCAGUAAGUUUGUUUGGAGACUCCCGGCGUAGCUCUCUGUUUUCCAAUGACACCCGGCGUUCAUCUGACCGUCUGCGCCGCCCAAGCACGCACAGCGUUGGCAUUCUGCCAAUAGCCUCCUUCGGAGAGAGCGCUGAGAAGCCCCGCAAGCCCAGUACCCAUAGUUUAGGCAUCUUACCCCUGGGCUGGGGGGAGGACUAUGAUGGAGGGCGUCGACCCAGUGCCGCAAGCCUUGGCCCAUACUGGAUGAAUGAACCAGACAGUCGCCGUGGGAGUCGGGGCAGUAUAUUUGGGUCCCUUGGCAUCACAGAAAACCAGCAGCCCCGCCGUGCAAGCUUCCAGGCACUCGGGGAAAGUGUGAUGCAGUUAUUCUCCAACAAAUAGCAUCUGUGAACCUGAGACCCAGUCACCACACUAGAUAGACAGACAGGACUUGUGUACUUCUACACCAAAUACAUUGUAGAAUAUGGUCAUGGUAACAGUGUCUUCGAAAAAAGAAAAGGGAAAUAGUUUGAAAAGCCAUAGAGAAGGGAUCAGAUGUCACCAGUGCAAACAUUUUAAUGCCUUUUACAUGGUGGCGUAUGAACAUGGUCAUACAAUUUCAAAAUAUGUGAAUGACUAUUGAAAAUACAGUACUGGUUGCGCCUGAUUUGUUUAAAGUAACUUUGAUAUUUGAUUUUUGAUGGGUAAUUAUUUGUAUUUGGAAGUGUAGGACAACUGUAAAUAUUACUGGAGUACCAUUUGGAAUGUUUUUAUAGCUGUACUGUACUUCUGAAAAUAUUGUCAAUCAUUUCCAAGUAAAACAAGCAGUGCAGCAGCAAGCUGGAAAUGUUAGAUAACCAUUUAACCAUUUAUGUGCAAUAUCUCGUUUAACCUUUUUCAUCCUGCUCCAUGUAUUGAUUUUGUCAUGGUGUCAAGAAUACAUAACAUUAUUUAUUAUUAUAUGUGGUGUUGCAAUAUAUCAUACUGUUACUGUAUUAAGGCAGUUUUGUUUGAACAGAGGAAACUGUCCAUUGUAACUGUUAUGUGCUAGCUCAUUCCAUGUUAAUUUGUUGGUUAGUAUAAAUGAUCAAAGAGUAUUUGUAAUAAUCAUGUUUUUAAGUACAUGUAUAUGUUAGGUGAUAACUUCAUUUCAAACAAAACAAAAACAUAGAGCUUGUUUUUCCUACUUAUAACUGUUGGUUAAAUGUAGUUAAAGAAAUACAAAAUAUAUUGGAAAUAGUUCAGUGUUACAACUCACCCUUAAAUGAAAGUUUCAAGGUAGCUCUCAUUUAUUCUUAUUUGCAAAAUGUUUACUGUUUAUUUCCUGUUAGUCCAUUUUUCUAUGCAUUUAAAUGAAACAUAUUCACACAACAUUGAUUUCAGAUUCAAUCUGUAUGAACUGAUGUAGAGAAAUAAAAGGUCAUGAAACCUUAAUAGCCUUGGUGAAACCAUCAAAGCCCAAAACCUUGGGCUUGUACAGAAACUCUUACCUUGACCAUAACUCACAAACCUUUUACAUAUUCACUUGAAACUUGGUACACACAUCAGAUGGGACAAUACGUACAUGUACAGAAAAGCCAAUAACUUCAAUUAUUGUUGAGUUACGCCCCUUGUUGGACUGGGAAAUAAACAACAGAUGGCCGUUGGUGUUGGCUAAGGGGCGCUCUUGUUUAUUUGAAGAUGUAACGAAGUUUGAGGGGGUAUAUAGGAGUGAGCUUGUCGGUCGGUCAGUCGGUCGGUCGGUCUGUCGGUCGGUCUGUCGGUUUUCAUGGUUUCCGGACGAUAACUCAUGAAAGGCUAGACAGAUUUGAACAAUUUUUGGUACACAGGUGUAACAUCAGAAGAUACAGGUCAAGUUCGAUAUUGGAGCUGGUGGGGUCAA